GCGGUACAAACUAUCUUUGAAGUGAAACGUUGAACACAGAAUGAGGAGCUUCACCUUGAUAACAGCUUUACUUCUCUGCAGCCUCAGCUGGAUCUCUGUCUCAGCUUCUGAGUCUCACACUGUGGAGGUCCAGUCUGGUGGAGACGUCACUCUGAUGUGCUCCAACAUUUCCAGCGUUAUAACUCAGACAGAAUGGUUCAGAGUGAUCAACAGAACCAAGCCCAGCUGUGUCUCCUCUAUGUACGGGUCUGAUGGCAAACCUUCGUUCUGUGAUGGAUUUCAAAAUGGAUUUGAGAUGAGCUCCAACAUCUCUACUGUCUUUCUUAAAAUCAAGAGAGUGGAUUUAUCUGACUCUGGACUGUAUUUCUGUGGAAUUUACAUAGAAGGACAUUCAGUCAUCGCUGGUGCAACACAUUUAAAAGUUCAAACUGACGAAUCAGAUUUUGGAGUGGAUGUAAAGACUGAAGAGGAGUCUGAUGGAAUAAUUGUGAUCCUGGGUGUUCUGACUGUUUUCUUCAUGAUAGCUGUCAUUGUUCUGUCUGUUAAAAACAGGAAACUUCAGAAAGCUGCUAAAGAAGAACUGCAUCCUGAAAGAAACAAGAAUGUGGGCUCUGAUGAUCUGAACUCUGCAGCUCUGAGGUUCCUUCCAAACACAAUAAGGAACAGGAGGCCUGCAUCAGAGAGAGAAGUGGAGACUCAGGUUCUUUAUAGCGCCAGCAGAUAGACACAAGCAGCAAUAGGACUGCAACUCUCAGUGGAACUGAUGCUCUAUAUUCAUCUGCUGCCAGAGUCAAUGGCAACAUUCUUUUAUUAAAUAAAGUUCCUAUACUCAUGGUCA